UAUAAUCUCUCCACUGUGUCCUGGGUCUGCACCAUCUGAUCCCACAGUAUUUGGGGCCAUUGCUGCCUGCCUGUUCAUCAGAAGUCUUAUAUUUCCACUAGGUGGCAGGCGGAGUCAGAGCAUGCUGGUGUUUUCACUAGAUUGUCUUCAUCAGUCUUUCUCCUCAGAAAGAGAAAGGGUUAGAGAGGGAGUUAGAGAGCGAGAGAGAAUGGAAAACACAAGGAAAGUUUUGCAAAGACAUCAAGGGUUUGUGGAUCUUUCUGCUGCAUGGUCUUGACAUAAACAGAAAGCAGCACCAGAAAGAGGUUGUGGAGCUCCUCUCAUCUUUGUGCACAUUGUGUUGGACCCAGUAUUGACAAGGUGCCAUCAACACCACUUCUUUGACUCAACCCUCCUCAAACAAAGUUAUCCUCACAUCUCUCCUGAGGAUUACUUAUUUUUUUCCUGCUGAAAUCAUCUCUGGAGGAUUGGAAGAAAAAUCUGCAAGGGGGAUCAAGCUUUUUCUAAACACUUUCUUUAAUCUGAGUUGGUGGCCUCUGUCGUGUAGUUUACUGAGGGUUUCUUUAGCUGGAAUAAUGUCUCUGUGCUGGAGCAGAAGCCUCUGGUUUCCAGUGGUGUUUGGUGCCACGCUGGUUGUUCUCACCACUGUUAAUGCUGGACCAAACCAGGACAAGACGAAGGUUCGGUCAUCAUCAUGCUUUGGGGGCUUUGAUCUCUACUUUGUUUUGGACAAAUCUGGGAGUGUACAGAACCACUGGAAUGAAAUCUACCAGUUUGUUGAACAUCUAGCACAUAAAUUCAUAAGCCCUCAGUUGCGGAUGUCCUUCAUCGUUUUCUCCACUGAAGGACGGAUCUUGAUGAAGCUAACAGAAGACAGGGAACGUAUCCGUAAAGGUCUAGAAGAGCUCCAUGCAGUCCGUCCAGGGGGAGACACCUUCAUGCAUGAGGGCAUUAUGAGGGCCAGUGAGCAGAUAUACUAUGGGAACACAGAAGGCUAUCGCACUGCCAGUGUUAUCAUAGCUCUGACAGAUGGAGAACUGCAUGAGGACCUUUUCUACUAUGCAGAGAUGGAGGCCAAUCGCUCCAGAAGUCUGGGUGCCUCAGUUUACUGCGUAGGGGUGAAGGACUUCAAUGAGACACAGCUGGCAAAUAUUGCUGAUAGUAAAGACCACGUCUUCCCUGUGAAUGAUGGAUUUGAGGCUUUGCAAGGAGUCAUCGAUUCAAUCUUGAAGAAGUCCUGCAUCGAGAUCCUGGCAGCAGAGCCCUCCAGUAUCUGUGCAGGAGAGUCCUUUCAGGUGGUGGUGAGAGGAAAUGGAUUCCUCCAUGCUCGCAAUGUUGACAAGGUCUUAUGCAGCUUCCGGAUAAAUGACACCUUAACUAAGACGGUGAAGCCUUUGAUUGUGGAGGACACAUACCUCCUCUGUCCUGCCCCAGUGCUUCAGGAGGAGGGGAUGGCAGCAAAUCUCUACGUCAGUAUGAACGAAGGCCUCAGUUUCAUCUCCAGUUCAGUCACCAUUACCACUGUGAGCUGUUCUGACGGGACUAUCCUGGCCAUAGCUUUGCUCAUCCUCAUGCUUCUCCUGAUCUUGGCAGUCCUCUGGUGGUUCUGGCCUCUCUGCUGUACCGUGAUCAUCCACGAACCCCCGCCACCAGCUGUGGACGAGAGCUCGGAUGAUGAAGACUGUGACGUUCCUAAGAAGAAAUGGCCAACAGUAGAUGCCUCCUACUAUGGUGGAAGAGGAGUAGGGGGAAUCAAAAGGAUGGAGGUUCGCUGGGGUGAGAAAGGCUCCACUGAAGAAGGAGCAAAGCUAGAAAAAGCAAAAAAUGCCAAAGUGAAGAUGCCUGACCAGGAGUACAUGCCAUCUCACACUCGGGUUCUCAACAAUGGCAUGCAGAAACCCCCAGAGCCACGCAAGUGGUACUCACCCAUCAAGAGCAAACUGGAAGCACUGUGGGUGCUUCUGAGAAAAGGCUACGACCGUGUGUCUGUAAUGAGACCCCAUCCAGGUGACAAGGGCAAAUGCAUGAACUUCACAAGGACAAAAUCUCCUUCUCCUUGCUACCCACACUUCAACCAUCACCCAUCUCCCAUCUACAACCCUCCCAGCAGGAGUCCUCCUCCACUGCAGGACACACUGCCUCCAACUCCCAACAACCUGCUAUCAUUUUCCUUCUCCACACCUCCAUCGCUGCCGCCAACUCCUCCUCCCAUUCCCACCACUCCUUCACCACCCAUCACCCCUCCCCCUUACACGCCACCUCCCAACCGGGCUCUUCCUCCGACCACCCUGCACAUACCUGCUUCCCCGGUGCACGUGCCCACCCCUUCCCCCUGCGGCUCCCCGACCGGCCCGCUGCCUCCUCCUCCACAGGGACCUCCCCCCGGACGAGCCCCUCCACCCGCCCGCCCGCCACCUCGCCCUGGCCUGUAGAGUUCUGGCGAUGGGCACGAGAACUGCAGAGUCACCAAGGUGACAGAGGCAACAAUGAGUGCCAUCAGCUUUCAGCUUGUAACCAUGGUUGAUUGAUUCUGCAAGCGCGGACAUGUCAGUGCCUUGUGCCAUGCUCAACAAGCUGUGGCGUUUUUGCCUCGUGAAGAGGAGAAGUGAAGACUUUUUUCAGCUAUUUGUCUACAGUGACAUUUGUACACAUUUAGCCUAACAGUGCAAUUACUCAGAUGCUUGAAACACACUCCACAGACAUUUCGCAUAAAUGAGGUCAUGCAGACUGGCUCAAAAAGAUUUGAGUCCACAGUCCUGGCCUUGUUGACCCCACUAUGAGCACACAAAAUUGGAUGAAUCCUGAGGCAGGGAAGCAGGGAAACAACAAGUUCUACUAAUGCCUAUGCACAAAAGCUCUUAAGCAGAAGUGCAGCUGUGCUCAAAAUGGUCUUUACAAUAAAAUACAUGCUUGUUUGUUUUGGAAUUCUUGAAUGUUAAGCAAUUGCAUGCAGUGCUUGAGGGAAAAUCCUUUUUAAUUUUUGUAAUGUUUUAUUACUUGUAAGGUACUUUUCUAAAUGUUAAAUGUGUUUUUCUCAUCUUUUUACAGUCCCUUCUUCAUAAAAGGUUGGCACACUGUUUAAAAGUCAGUGAUUUGCAAAUGAUUUAAACCCUACAACUAAUUCAUGAAAGCAUAAGCCCAAAAUAUUUACUUUGAAAUUUGAUUUUUAGGCAGUGCGGUGGUGCGGUGGUUUGCACUCACAGCUAGAAUGUCCUGGUUCAGAUCGUAUUUAGGGUCUUUACAUGUGGAGUUUGUAUGUUUUCCUUGUGUCUCCGCAAAUUUUUUCCAGAUACUUUGGCUUACUUCCACAAUCCAAAAACAAAAACGUCAAAGUGACUGGUGAUUCUGUUUGGGUGACCUGUCCUGGGUGUAUAUGGCUCUGGCCAGGACGCUACAGUGGUCCCCAGUGACCACGCACAGCAACAAGAAUAGUCAUGAACAGGUAUGGAAAGUGGAUGAAUGAAUAAAUGUUUUUAUUCUCUGCAAGCAUGGGUUAGCAAUGUUGUCUUGGAACAGGUUUUUGGUUGAAAUCCCAUCUGGAACCUUUUUCUGUGGAGUUUGCACAUUCUGCCUUUUCUUGAACGUGUUUUCUCUGAGUAGUCAGGUAAGAGCUGUGGGAAGACCGUUUGACCUGGGGAUGCUGUAGUUGGCUGUCCUGCUAAACUGACACCUCCAAAUAUUUUAACAGCACAAAAAUCCUUUCAUUUACACCUCCCAGUUACAGUUACAGGGCAUGGAUAUCGGCACAUGCCCACAUGUCAUUUCAGCAUCAGCAACAGCAUCCAUGAACCAUGAUGCAUAGCUUAU